GGAGCUGAGUCUGAGGGGCAUCGAGGACGCCGCGGGGGCUUUGUGGUGGACAAACCCUUGUGAGGGAGCUGGGAGUGAUUUUGAGGCGAUUCCGGGCGGUUUUGGAGCGGAUUUUGGGCAGUUUUGUGACGGUAAAAAACUUUGGAGGACCCAAAACCACCGAGAGAAGGCGGAGCGGCCGCCUGAGGGAGCGGCGCCACCACUGAGUUCCGCCCAGAGCGUCUCCUGGCGGCGCGCUUCCUGUCACGUGAUCGGAACCCCGCGCUGCCAUUGGUGAAGGGAACCGGAACAGGAGCGGGAGGAGGCGGAAGCGGCGCGGGCGGCAUGGCGGGGUUCGGGGUGGCCAACGAGCGGCUGCGGGCGCUGGAGGAGCUGGAGCGCGAAAUCGGCGCCUCCCUGCAGAGCGCAGGGUUGGUGAUUUUGGAGCUGUCCAAGGAGAAGCCCCAGGAGCGACACCUGGACCGCCAGGCCGCUCAGUUCGGCGCCGCCGUGGCCAAGGUGGAGGCCGAGCUGUCGGCCCAGAUCCGUUACCUGACACAGGUGGCCACGGGGCAGCCCCACGAGGGCUCGAGCUACGCCGCGCGCAAGAGCUGCCAGCUGGCCCUGAACCGCCUGGACUACGCCCGGCGCCGCCUGGCCGAGCUGGCGCGGGCCUGCGAGCUGAUGCUGGAGCAGUGACGCACCUGGGCACACACCUGGGCACACCUGGGCACAGCUGGCACAGCUGGAGACAGCGUGGGAUGGAGCUGGAGCAGCCUC